CAUGUCUAGGGGCUUGAUUGUAUACACCUGUGUCCAUGGAGGGGAUUGGAACACCUGAAUCACAUUAUAUGGAGGGGAUUGGAACACCUGAAUCACAUGAUAUGGAGGGGAUUGGAACACCUGAAUCACAUGAUUUGGAGGGGAUUGGAACACCUGAAUCACAUGAUAUGGAGGGGAUUGGAGCACCUGAAUCACAUGAUAUGGAGGGCUGGCCCAAUACUUUUGGCAAUAUAUAAACCUGGAGGUGAUUGGAACACCUGAAUCAUUUUGAGGGGACAACAAAUUUCCAUGUUAU